CGAACGAAUGAAAUGUAUUAGUCAUGUGUUCUUUCAAGUACUAAAUUUUCAAGUAUUAGAUUUUAAGAUAAUGAAAAAUCUACCUAUGAAUAUAUCAUAACAAACGCUAGUUCAAUAAUGGCAACGUAUCAUCUACUAUCGUGGGGUGCUAAUUCUCACGGACAAUUAGGACAUGGUAUAAGAUCGGAGCAAUGCGUCCUUCCGCAAGAAAUUGAUUUAUCAUCGUAUUCCUUUAAAGCAGAGGAUAUUCGAAAGAUCGUUGGCGGUGCUGGGCAUUCAUUGAUUUUGAAUAAAAAUGGACACGUUUAUUCUUGCGGAUGGAAUAACAAAGGACAGUUAGGUCAGCCCGAAAAGGAAGAUAAAUUAAAUUUCGAAAGAGUACACGGAGUUUUAGAAAAUGAAAUCAUCGUUGAUAUCGCUUGUGGAUGGGAUUCUUCUGCAGCGUUGACAAACGAAGGAAAAUUGUAUAUGUGGGGUUCAAAUAAUUUUGGACAAUUAGGAAUUGAUCCUUUUACACUUCGUUAUUCUUACAAACCUAUCGAAAUGAUGCCUUACGAAAAAAUUGAGCAAAUUGCAAUGGGCUUAAGACACACUGCUGUAAUAACUCAAGACCAUCGAAUUCUUAUGUGCGGUGCAGCUAGCAAAGGACAAUUAGGUCUUAAGAACGAUUUUAAUGAUGAUAUAGGAAAGAAAAGCAAACUUAACUAUUGUCCUUUUACUUUGGUUUCAGAAUUGAAAAAUUCAGUGGAUGUUUCCUGCGGACAACAUCAUACCGUAGUAGCCACAGACAAAGCAGAGGUAUAUGUCUUUGGUGCAAAUAAUUAUGGACAAUUGGGUAUUGAUAAUGAUUUCUUUCCAACUAUCUCUAUGCCAACAAAAUUGACAAAUGUGCAUUUUAAUCCGCCGAUUAGAACGCACGUAGGAUGGACGCAUACAAUUAUUUUGAGCGAUAAUCAGCUCUUUGCUUGGGGCAGAAAUACCUAUGGUCAAUUAGGGCAAGAAAACAGAGUUAUGCUUUGGAAGCCAGAUGUAAUAAAAAACAUACCUAAAGUAAAUCAACUUUCAAUCGGCUCACAACACAAUUUAGCUCUUACGGAUGAAAAAACUAUAUUAUGCUGGGGUUGGAACGAGCAUGGAAAUUGUGGAACCGGGGACGUUUUCGAUGUUUUAUUACCAAAACCCGUUUCAUUACCAGCGCGUUCGGAAGGAAUCUUAAUUGGUACCGGUGCAGGACACUCGUUCGCUGUGAUACGAAAAGAAAACUGUUGAUAUACUCGUAUUAAAUAUACAAUGUACGUAUAUACAUGCGCGCAAAUACGUAAACAUGUGUAUUAUUAUUUUUAAAAUAACGCUCGUUAAGA